GUGAAUCUGGAGACAUGCACUACUGCGCAGUCAACGUGAGACCCUUCAGGAUCAGCGCUGUACCCCCAACCCCCUCCAAAUCCAGUCAACACUUCCCAGCGCGUUAUAUCUGAAAAACCCGCAACACUUCAAGCAUUGAGCGGUAUUUCCGAAACAAUGUCCGCGUGGUUUUUGAGGGUCGUCCUGCCACGUUUUUGCAUCGUUUUUAACGGGGGAGAAUAACGAGAGACCCAAUCGUCUGUUGAUCCGGAUGAACAAACUCUUGUAAAGUAAACUCGCACCAGAUUUGUGCCGCGGACAACUUCUGUGAGUCAGAAUCAGGAGAUGGCAGAGGCUAUGGCUCACUCUCUCUCUCUCAGUCUGCUGUACCUUGGCUUGCUGUGUGGGAACGUGUCUACAGGAGGGUCCGAACUGUUUGCACCAGAUCCAUCCAGAGGACCUCAUUUCACUGGUUGCCGCUCUAGGGAGCAGGAGACCUUCAGAUGCUGGUGGAGCACUGGCAUCUUCCAGAAUCUCACUCAGCCUGGAGCCCUCAGAGUAUUCUACCAGACAAAAAACACCCUUGAAUGGCAGGAGUGUCCAGACUACACACCCACUGUGGAGAACGAAUGUUAUUUCAACAAGACCUUCACACACAUCUGGACCUCUUACUGCAUGCAGCUACGCUCAGUUCCCCAAAACAUAACCUAUGAUGAACACUGCUUUACAGUGGAAAACAUAGUGCAUCCUGACCCACCAAUUGGACUCAACUGGACCCUCCUGAACGUCAGCCGCUCAGGGCUUCACUUUGACAUCCUUGCGCGCUGGGCCGCCCCUCCAUCAGCGGAUGUUCAGACAGGCUGGAUGAGUCUGGUGUACCAGGUUCAGUACCGGGUCAGGAACACCUCCCACUGGGAGUCGCUGGAGCUGGAGAGUGGCACGCAGCAGUCCAUCUACGGAUUACACACUGACAAAGAGUACGAAGUGCGGGUACGCUGCAAGAUGUCAGCCUUCGACAACUUUGGCGAGUUCAGCGACCGCAUCAUCGUGCAUGUGGCACAAAUACCGAGCAAAGAAUCAACAUUCCCCACUACGUUGGUGUUGGUUUUUGGAGUGGUAGGUGUGGUGAUUCUUCUCGUCCUUCUCAUCUUCUCACAGCAGCAGAGGUUGAUGGUGAUCUUUUUACCACCUAUUCCAGCACCAAAAAUCAAAGGCAUUGACCCAGAAUUGCUGAAGAAGGGAAAGUUAGACCAGCUUAAUUCCUUGCUGAGCAGUCAGGAUAUGUACAAGCCUGGCUCGUACCACGAGGACCCAUGGGUGGAGUUCAUCCAACUGGACCUGGACGACCCCACGGAGAAGAAUGAGAGUUCAGACACACAGCAUCUUCUGGGCCUGUCCCGCUCAGGUUCUUGUCAUGUCAUCCAUUUCAAAAGCGACGAUGAUUCUGGCCGUGCCAGCUGCUACGACCCGGAGAUCCUGGAAGACAUGCCUACCGCUUCCCUUCAGCCUGGGCAUUUCGGUCGGGGAGACCAGCACCCUCUGGUUUCUAGGAGCAGCUCAUCUAAUCCGAGCCUUACUGCUCUUCAAACAUCUGAGGGGGCGGAGACACCUAUUCAACCCACUACACCAACCUGGUCGAACAUGGACUUCUAUGCCCAAGUAAGCGAUUUCACACCUGCGGGAGAGGUGGUACUCUCACCGGGGCAACUAAACAGCCUUCCGGAGAAAACGAAAGAGGACGACAAGAAAAUCAAAGACGACGUGAAAAUACAAUUCCAGCUUUUUUCUGACGGAGCUUAUACCUCAGAGACAACCGCAAGGCAGCUUGCCGCCAAUGUGCCGUCCAAUCCCGGACCCGAUCGGGGGUACCAAACAUUCCCACCUCAGGGUGUUGAAGGGAACCACGGCUGGAACGAUGAGUACCUGGCUCCUGUGGACAACUCCCAGACGCCCUACCUUCUGCCUGUAGCUCCGCCAGCCUCAAUACUGCCACCGGUGUCAGACUAUACAGUAUUGCAAGAGGUAGACGGCCAGCGCAGCCUCCUCCCUAACCCGUCUACCCCACAGACAUCGGUGUGCACGUACAGCCCAAACAAACAGCUCCCCGCCAUGCCAAACAUGCCAAUGGGGUAUCUCACGCCCGACCUCCUGGGGACCCUGACCCCGUGAAGUCACACAAGUUAUCGCUCGAUGAUUUUCUACCUUCUCACUGCUGGAAGCCAAAGUUGCAUCAAUGAUGGUACAGAAAUUCCAUCGCGCUUGCUGCGGGAUUCUGCUAAUGUUUCAAAGGCUUUUCUCUGCUGUAGGCUGUUAAGACGAUGAAACCGAAAGCGUUUCUUCACUGUUGGCUGUUUUGAAGCAUAGUAGUGCCUGAAGCUAGCUUGCCGGGAGAGUUUAAACAUAUUAUCAAUGUAAAAUCAAUGACGUUGCACAGAAAAAACAAGUCACUACAGAAUAUGCUGGCUUACUUUAUCAGAACAAUUUUUAAGAUGCUUUUGUUGUAAUACAAUGACAGAGAUCUAGAGAUACUGUGGCAUUGAGAUAACAUAGAUUUAAACAGAUGUAGAUAAAAGCAGACAUAUCUUUAGAUAAAACUGUUUACACAGAGGUAAAUUUACUUUUAUUUCAUUUUGAUUUAGUAUCCUAGCUGUAUAUGGAAUAUUGCAUUUGGAAAAAUAUAUCGCAUUAUUUCAGGGUUGCUAAAUUUUUUUGGUCUGGCAAAGUGAGCAAAUUAUGCCCUGACAGAAGAUGAGUCAUCCUUUGGACGACGCAAUAUUUUUUCAGACUGAAAUUUCUGAACAGCCUUGAUGUUGUUACGAGAACCAGCAUUGUCAGAUUUAUGGAAGCCAUUUUGAGAGCUUGAACAAUCUUGCUCAUUUUAAUCAGCUCAUGUAACUACAACGUUCAGAUGUCUCAACGGUGGAGUUCGAUACUUUUCUUAAACAUCACUGUACAUGGCUGUGAUAUUCUGCGAUCCUUCGGAAAUAUUGUGAACUUGUGAUGAUAUAAGCCCACUGAACGUGUCAUUACCUAGUUGACCUUUCUGCUGUUUGUCUUGCGGGUUUUGCUUGUUCAGAUGCAAGCAACUAACACUCUUUAUUUGUAUUAAUGUGUCCGGGGAUAUGUUGACAACACUAAGUGCUUGUAGGGUGUAGCCUUUGUUUGCUGGGCAAUGCAAACCGAAUGAUUUUCGAAUGUUACCUUUGGACAUGUAGCAGUUUUCUACAUUUACAAUGGGAGUUACAUUGCCAACAAGAUGGGAUAGAAGUGCCAAAUUUUUGUACCGGUUUUAAUGGACUUUAGGGUCUCAAAUUCAACAUCAUGUAUAUAGCAUCAAUUAAUGCACCACAGCCUUCAACGUGGCAAAAAGCUGCUUUUGACUAGUUAUUUUAUAAAUUCAUGAAUUAUAAUAUAUAAUGAAUAAUAACUGGAGAGUCAAAAAAUAUUUUUAUUCAAAAUUAUAGAAUGGUUUACUUUUUAAGUUACACAGUAGAAGCAUAGCCCGCGGAUUUCUCACAAAUGUAGUUCUAUGCUGUGUGUUUGUAUAGAAAAAGUGCUGGUUGUUUUAUAGAUGAGCUUACUUUGAGCACUUUUGUGACUCGUACAUGUUCUCUGUUUUUAGAGAAAAACCAUGGAUGUAAGAUGGUGAAAUGGCAGUCAUGGGGACUAUAAGCUAAAUUGGUCCUGACUGUGCAAAUGAUGCUUGAAUUCCUGGAUCCUACCUUGUUUUAGGUGUCUCUUGUACAUUUUUCAACAUUGCCUUUCAAAACACUUUAAAGUAGGGCUGUCAAACGAUUAAUCGCGAUUAAUCGCAUCCAGAAUAGAAGUUUGUGUUUAGAUAAGAUAUAUCUGUGUAUUGUGCAUAAUACUUUUGUAUUUAUUAACACACACAUUCAUGCACAUAUUUAGGGGGAAAAAUGUAUAUUAUAUAUAAUUUCAAUUAUUGGUAAAUAUUAACAAAUACAUGUAAAUAUUUCCUAAAUAUGUAUACAUGUGUAUGUGUUUGUAUUUAUAAAUACAAAAUUAAUAUGCACCGUAUGUUAUGUAAACACAAACUUUAAUUCUGGAUGCGAUGAAUCGUGAUUAAUCGUUUGACAGCCCUACUUUAAGGGGACAGAUUGCCAAAUUGAAAUCCCAUAUUUUUUUGUUCUUUGCCUUGUGGUUGACUUUCCUAUGUAGACCACAAGAUUUGUGUUUUGCAAUCUGUGGUAAGAUAAACAAGAUAUUUUGAGAAAUGACUUUGUGGUUUUGUGUCCAGACAAUGGCAGAAAAAGCCUUUGUUAUUGUGAACGUGAGCUAGAAAAAGUAUCACAUAUUUUUGACAUUUUUAAGAUACUAACAUAUUUUGUUAUGCAUUUUACAAAUAGGUUCAGAUAAAAAAAUAAGGUAAACCACUUAGACCCCACAGCCCACACGUAUAUUACAGAAUAAACAAAUAAGCUAGUGGUAAAUCAUAGAUGGGGUAAUUAUUUAACAUUACUGUAAUGUUUAACGGUUUCACUUGGAAAGUCCUGCACACGUAUAUUUGUGUAUAUAUGAUAAAUAGUGGACAUAUAUGUAAUGCAUUCUAUCCUUACACUGUGCUAAGCGACGUGCCAUUCUUUUAUAUGUAGAGAUAUUGCCUUACUAAGGAAUAUAGUAUUACACGCCUCUUCUGCUGCUGGCAUCGCUGGGAAAUCAGCAUGUUUGUGUUUAAAUGGAAAUGUCUUAAGCUGUGUACUACAUGCAUAUUAGCUUGUGCUGUAUGUUUUGAUGCUGCUCUUUCUGUAAAUUUCCUCUCUACUUUUCCUCCUUAUGUAGCAUCUCUCAAUUUUGCUUCUUACGUUCUUGAAUGCAAACCCAACUUGGCAAAGAUAUGUGUGCACGUCCGAGAUGACAAAUGCACAUGAUAUAUUGACAUACUAGUACAUUUAAUCCUCUUCGUUGUUUGUCAUGUUUGUGACUAUGUAGGUUUUGUGCCAAUUUUUUAUCAAAUGAUGUGUUUGCCUAACAUGGAUGUACACACAGCUAAGCAUUCGAGACCGUUUGAAAGAUCUUAAUUCAGGUUUGUUAUUGGAACAUUUGUAUGGUUUGCUGAAUUUAUUAUACCUCAAAUGAACAAUUUUCAGUAUUUGCUUUGUUUUCUUCAUCUUAAUAAAGAUGGCUUCAAACAGUU